UCCAAUCACAGCUGAUCACAUGUAAACACGGAAAUGCCGGUUAGUGUCCAUUAGUGCCUGCUCUGUUGUCAUCCAUGCCACCUGCCAGUGCCACAUUUCAGUGCCCAUCUGAGCUGCCUUUCAAUGUCACCCAUCAGUGCCGCCUAACAGUGCCAGUCAGUGCCAUCUAACAGUGCCAGUCAUUAGUGCUGCCUAUCAGUGCCAUAUAUGAGUGCUGCCUUUCAGUGCCCAUCAGUGAUGCCUGUCAAUGCCCAUCAGUGCCACCUACCAGUGCCUCCUCAACAGUGCCCAUCAGUGCCCAUCAGUGCAGCCUCAUUAGCGCACAUCAGUGAAGAAGAAAAAUCACUUAUUUACUAAAUGUUUUAUAA